CAUAGCUUUCAAUGCAAGAAUACUGUAGGAACCAGGGUCCAAUAAUGUCUUCUAAUAAUUAGUUAAGCUUAAGCUUAAACACUUUUGCUUUAUACCAUGCUAAAAAGCCUCAAGCUAUUUUUAUGUUGAUAAUACUACAGAGAAUUUAUUUUGUCCAGUAGCAAGAGGCAAGACUUAACAACUCCAAUACUCCUUUUUUUUAAUGGAUUUGAAAGCUAGUUAGCUACCAACUCCAAGCUUUUUUUUUUUACCAUUGCACCUUUUUCUUACUCUUCUCCUGUUAUGCAAUUAUUUUCUGCCAGGUUCUUCCUAUAAAUACCAUGUUCUUAUCACAAUGUGCAUCCAAUCAAGUUUGAAGACGUUUUAUUUUUUUUUUCUUUCUAGAUACUCACUCUAUACUUUGUGUCCUGUUUAGUGAUCUUGAUGAGAGGAACAAGUAUGGCCAAUUCUGUGAACUUUCUUCUGCUUCUUUCUCUACUAGCCUUUGCACCCUUCUGCCAUUGUGACAAGAAAGUAGGCGGUUACCUCUACCCGCAAUAUUAUGACAAGUCUUGCCCCAGAGCUCAAGAGAUUGUCAAGUCCAUUGUGGCCAAAGCUGUCGCGAAAGAAACACGCAUGGCUGCUUCCCUGCUGAGAUUGCAUUUUCAUGACUGCUUUGUCAAGGGCUGUGAUGGAUCGGUGUUGCUAGAUAGCAGUGGAACCAUUAUCAGCGAGAAGAGGUCAAAUCCCAACCGUAAUUCGGCUCGAGGAUUUGAAGUUAUUGAUGAAAUCAAAUCAGCACUAGAGAAGGAAUGCCCUGAGAUUGUGUCCUGUGCUGACAUUCUAGCCAUAGCUGCCAGAGAUUCAACUGUUCUUACUGGUGGACCAAGCUGGGAAGUGCCUCUAGGCAGAAGGGAUUCUCUUGAUGCAAGUAUAAGUGGUUCUAACUACAACAUUCCUGCCCCCAACAACACAUUUCAAACCAUCCUAACUAAAUUCAAGCUUAAAGGCCUUGAUAUUGUUGAUCUAGUUGCUUUAUCUGGUAGCCAUACUAUAGGAGACUCAAGGUGCACCAGCUUCAGGCAAAGACUCUACAACCAAACUGGCAACGGCAAAGCAGACUUCACUCUUGACCAAUACUAUGCUGCUCAAUUGCGCACUCAUUGCCCAAGAUCCGGCGGAGACCAGAAUCUGUUUGUGCUAGACUUUGUCAGCCCAGCAAAAUUUGAUAACAGCUACUACAAGAACUUACUGACCAAGAGGGGUUUGUUAAGCUCUGAUGAAAUUCUCUUGACACAGAAUACAGUGUCUGCAGGUUUAGUGAAGAAGUAUGCUGAAAGUAAUGAUCUUUUCUUUGAACAAUUUGCCAAGUCCAUGGUUAAGAUGGGGAACAUUACUCCCUUAACAGGCUCAAGGGGUGAGAUCAGAAAGAACUGCAGAAGGGUUAAUGCUUAAUCAAGUCACAAAAUUGUCAUGUUGGCAGAUCUCAUGAUUGUACCUAUGUUUUAAUUUAUUGUUCCUUGUUUAUCAACAUUUAAUUCUUCUACAUGAUGAGUUUUGGCCGUGUGUCAUGAACAUUAAGUGGGGUGUUUUAUAGCAUUGUUAAUUUGUUAUUUUUAUGUUUGGUGAAAUGAGUAUUCCAAUAACUUAAUAAAGAAAUAUUAUAUCCA